GAGGAAUAAUAGAAGGGCCACAGAGGAUCAUUACAUGCCUCUGGAUAUAAAAGUCACCAGACAUUCUCAAGCUCUUCCAGAGGAGUGCAAAAGACCAACAUCGUCUGAGCACAAUGGCGAGGAACGAGAACAUGCAGAAAAUCUGGAAGAGGAAUCUUCACUAACAGGUCAUGAAGCAACCGAAAUAAACAAAAGUGGUGCAUCAGAAGAACACAACACAACUGAUGACACCACAUGCUGCCAUGAGGAGGUGCACAUCAUGGAUGUGUAUGAGAGAGAGUUUGGCGACCUCCUCUACCUGAGAAAUAAGGAAACAAUCUAUCAACGAUUUUACAACAUCACAAUAAAAAGGAUGGUAACAAAAUUAAACUUUCUCCCAAAGGAGCUCAUUGAAUGCAGAAUUCAAAGCAUUUGGAAGAAGCUUCUGGCAAGAGAUCCUGCUUUAAGGAGCAGGCAUGAGAGUGACGUCAGAGCUGCAAAGCUCCUCCGUUCGAAGAAAAAACCAGCAAAGACUAGCCAAAAAGCUGCAAAGCUUCUCCGUUCGAAGAAAAAACCAGCAAAGACUAGCCAAAAAGCUGCAAAGCUCCUCCGUUCGAAGAAAAAACCAGCAAAGACUAGCCAAAGAAAGGUGCAGAAAAAUGCCCGAUCAAGUUACAAGCCACUGCGAAGAGAUUCACAGAAACCAGAAUGUUUGACAGACAGCAAUGAAGAUGAUCAAGGUGGCCUCUAUCACACCCCACUUCCUGGCUUCAGGUCCAAGAGGAAUAAUAGAAGGGCCACAGAGGAUCGUUACAUGCCUCUGGAUAUAAAAGUCACCAGACAUUCUCAAGCUCUUCCAGAGGAGUGCAAAAGACCAACAUCGUCUGAGCACAAUGGCGAGGAACGAGAACAUGCAGAAAAUCUGGAAGAGGAAUCUUCACUAACAGGUCAUGAAGCAACCGAAAUAAACAAAAGUGGUGCAUCAGAAGAACACAACACAACUGAUGACACCACAUGCUGCCAUGAGGAGGAUGGCUCUGACCACUCAUCGGUCUGUGCUGACCUCCCCCCACUCCUGUCUCGUCGAGAAGUUGAGUUCUUCGAGUCUGACAAUGAUGAAGACUUGAAUCAUGAUGCCGACAACUACUACGAAGUUUAAAAGGACCAACAACUGGCUGCUCCAAGGAUUUACCGUUGUUGUGCCAAUGUUGACACAAAAUUUCUUGUUCUCGAGAAUGAAGAAGAAGUCAGUGAAGUUAGUACAUAUAUAAAAGCCGGUAGGGCUACCGCUCCUUUAUUGUCAGUCUUCUUCGGGUAAAGGGAGGGGGCUUGAGUUGUUCCAGAGUCUGUUUUAGGUUUAUGGUUGCAAGCUGCAAAGUGA